AAAGAGAGCCUAGGCAACAGAAGGAAAUGGCUAAAUACAGAAUAAAUGAACUAAAGGCAGCUGCGGCUAACUUUUUACAAUAUCUGAUUGAAACAGAAAGAAUGCAUAUACAAGACAAGGAAGAACUGAAAAGCAUCUAUAAAGAGUACAUUAUCAGGCAUGAAGACAGAAAAAUACCCUUUUCCCAAGUAAUCUUUGGACUUAAAGCAGCGGGAAGAGCUGAAGUAUCUCAAGAUGGGAUCCAUCUUAAAAAGUUUUCAAGAAAAACGGUGUCACUUCCUGAUCAAUACAUUGCCAUAAAGAAGGACCGAAUUCAGCAAGCCCAGCAUGCCCAGGCAUCAGCUGAUGGGAGCUCUACUGGGGGUCAACCUCAGAGGUUCACAGAGCGGAUGAAACAGCGAGCUGAAUUCAUCAGUGACAAAAAUGGAAUUUCCAUUUCAUCCGAGUGUGACCUAAGUGAUGGCAGAAUACGUUUCCAUUUGCCACUGGGGGAACCAAAGACAUUCCCCAUAAUUAUUAAAAAUAAAUCAAGUGAAUCUGUGAGCUUCACACACUACAAAGUGUUGCGCAGAAUGCGUGUCUUCUCAUUUAAAGAUGAAUACAACUGGUCCUUGAAUAAACCUAUGAAGCUCGCUCCAGGUGAUGAAUAUGAGAUUCAAGUUUACAGCUGCACAGUUCACUAUGGAUAUUUUCCCACUACACUUGUUUUUGAGUUCAGAAGCGAGAGUAACAGUCAAUGCUUUCAAAUUGGAAGGUUCUUGUCCGCUGUUUCCAACAGUAAAUUAGCAGAGCGUCUGGGUCCAACAUCUAAAUACAUUCCGUUCCAAAUAAAAUUUCAAAAGCCAAUUGAAAGGAUUGAAGAUGAUGGUUUUCCUCCUGAAAGCUCCCUGAACUACGAGUUAGAAAGAGAGGUUCCACUAGAUGACUUCACUCCUCCUAACAAUCUAAGAAGUAGCAUCAGAAAAGGCCUGUUUGUUAAUUGUGGAAGCACCAAAAGUUUCUCAUCAGUUGGUACAGAUCACAGGGACCUCCUUGCCAGCUCUUUGGCAUUUGGCAACUACAACAAGAAAUUUCAUUUGCUCAUGCACUUGGAGGAGAUACAAAUGGAACUUGAUAUCAGAAGGUAUGAUCAGCAUGACCAGCUAAUGGAAAAAGAUCCCAGGGACAAACGAUUCUUAAUUCUGAACGUCCCUGGUGUUGCUGAAAACAGGCCCUCUGUUCUAAGGGGGGACCAUCUGUUUGUGACUUUGUCUAAGGAGCGAGGUAAGCAUGGAAUCAUCAGCCACAAGGGAUAUGUGCAUGGAGUGGAACUGGAGAGAGUGAAGCUUGGGUUUUCUCAAAACCUCUUGAACAGAUUUAUAAAUGGCUUGUGUUUUGAUGUGAGUUUUACUUUUAACCGCCUGCCACUGAAAAUCCAGCACAGAGCAGUUGAUUUGGCUAAAGACAGAAACCUGAGCAAGAUUCUCUUUCCAGAAGCUUCCUUUGGUAUAAGCAUUACUGACUCUCAGAAAUUGACACUUUAUGACCGAAUCCUUGAGAACAAUCCAGAGCAGUACACUGCUGUGAAACAAAUUCUCAGUGGAAUAUCUAGACCUGCUCCUUACCUUAUCUUUGGACCCCCAGGGACUGGAAAAACUGUUACCUUAGUUGAAUCUAUCAAACAAGUGGUGAAGCACAUCCCCAACUGCCAUGUAUUGGCAUGUGCACCCUCCAACAGUGCAUCAGACCUGCUUUGCGAGCGCCUCAUGAAACAUCUUGACCAAAGACAGAUUUACAGAAUAAUAGCAAGCAGUAGAGACAUUCGAACUGUGCCAGAAAAUAUCAAGCCGUGCUGUAACUGGAAUAAAGACAAGGACAGCUUUGUUUACCCCAGUAAAUACGAUCUGAAGAAUUACAAAGUUAUCGUCACGACUCUGGUUACAGCUGGAAGGCUGGCAUCUGCAAACUUUUCCACCGGACACUUCUCUCAUGUGUUUAUUGAUGAGGCUGGUCAUGCAGUGGAACCGGAAUGUGUAACUGCUAUAGCAGGUAUACUGGAUGUCAUGGAUCCAGCAAACAAUGAGUAUGGAGGACAGCUUGUUCUUGCUGGUGAUCCAAAGCAGCUUGGCCCAAUUCUUAGAUCUCCUGUUGCCAUAGAACAUGGAUUAGCUAUCUCUUUGCUGGAAAGGCUAAUGACCCAGAAUGACCUCUACAAGAAAGUGGAUGACUGCUAUAACCCAAAAUUUGUUACCAAAUUACUCAGGAACUACAGAUCUCACCCUAGUAUCCUAAAGAUUCCCAAUGAGCUGUUUUAUGACAAUGAGCUUCAGGUGGCUGCAAAUGAGAUGAUCACAAAAAGUUAUUGCAACUGGGAAAAACUUCCUCAAAAGGGAUUUCCAGUCAUUUUUCAUGGUGUUCUUGGAAAAGACGAACAAGAAGGCAACAGCCCCUCCUUUUUUAAUGUUAAUGAAAUUGAAGAACUGUUCACAUACCUCAAAGCUCUGUUUGAGACACAGGGCAGGAAAACUUUGGCCAAAAUCACUCCCAAGGAAAUUGGCAUCAUCUCUCCCUACAGGAAACAGGUGGAGAAAAUUCGCCAAGCUAUUAAAAGUGAACUUGAUGCUGUUCCUGAUAUCAAAGAACUGAAGGUUGGGUCAGUGGAAGAAUUUCAAGGCCAGGAGCGAAAAGUCAUUCUCAUAUCCACAGUUCGAAGUUCUUCAGAUUAUGUCACAUUUGAUGAGAAAUAUAGCCUUGGAUUCCUGAAGAACCCAAAGAGGUUUAAUGUGGCUGUUACGAGAGCAAAGGCAUUGUUAAUUCUUAUUGGCAACCCAAGGAUACUUAGCAAAGAUCCAAACUGGUCUAAGUUUUUGAAAUAUUGUUCCGAUAAUGGUGGUUACACAGGCUUUCCACUUAAAGAUGCGCUUGAUGAUGGCGAUAUAGCAGAUCUUCUGGCUGACUUGGACAUAAAUGACCCACCACCUGGACAGGAGACUGGAGAGAGCUUUAUACAGCAGCAAGCUGAGCCAAAUUGGAGACAUGAACACUGAAUCCUACAUGCUUUAUUUUGUUGUGUUCGGGGACGUCAAUUUAGAGACAUGUGACAACAACCCCCCUCUACACACUUGAAAACUGCACUUUGCACCUUCUUCUGCUUGUCCCAAAUAAACCACACCAUAAUACCAUGUUAUCACAAUCACAAGUUUUCACUCCUAGGUAAACACAUUUGUGUUUUUAUUUUUCCUUGUCACCUCCAUAGCAUUUAAUGAUGAUAUAUAUCACAAAGAGCACAUCACACACAGUCUCAUGUGAAAAUCUAUUGUACAGGAGACAGCAGGGUUAAGUUGUGUGUGUAUACUCAUUUGCAUAAGGUACUUUAUUUUUAUAUCCAACUUUCUUGGUAAGCAAGUGUCACAGCAAGAAAUAAAACCUAUUUAAACAUUUUAUAAAUACAGAGAUAUAUUGUAAAAUAGAUCUAAAUAAGUGUGUAAUUUAUUGAAAACCCAGGGUUGUGUAAAUUUAUAAUCUAAUUAUUAAAGUAAUGUUUGAAUAUAUUUUGAAAAAUAAAUACAGGUUUAUGGAA